AGGUCAACCACCAGCUCAGAUCGACGCGAUCAGCCGGGCCGGACUGGAGCACUUCUCGUCAAACUUUUCCGCUGAAUACCCAUUCCCCCGUUGCUAGUUUCUGCGUUCAUUUGGGGAGUAGGGAGUAGGCCACCGCGCUUGCAGAGGAUUUUAUGCUCCCAACGAGCAGAGAGAGAUAGAGGCAGAGAGUGAGGGAGAUCCCCAGGCCAGGGCACUUGCAAAGGAUUUAUCCCUCCCAACGAGCAACGAGAGAGAGAGAGAUUUUGCUUUUGCAUGGUUCAUUGGUUUGCGGCGUCAAAGAGCUCGUUAAAUAUGGACGUCCUGGAUCACUCGGACGAUGAGGAGGAGCAGCAGGACCGGUGCGGCACCAGCAGCGGCAGAUCAGGCUCCAGGCUCGGCGCGCGGGCGCGGCGGCAGAAGCGGAGGUCAGGCGGCAGCCGCCAGAACCUGCUGCUCAUGGACUGCGUCGGCGGCAACGGGGACCGCGCGUUGGAGGACACCGUGCCGCUGCCAGACUACGAGCUCUUGUCCCAGUCCGCCCGCCUCCACGACGACGCCAAGAAUCCGCCUCCGGCGCUGCUGGUUGCAGAGGAGGAGCAGCAGCAGAAGGCGCCGGCCAAGCAGGGGAAGGCGUCCCCGCCACAGCCUCCGCCCCUGCCACUGCCACAGCGGCAGCAGAAGCCGGCGGCGUGGAGGCUGAUCGAGUACGUGAGGUCAAGGAACAGGUCGGGCGGCGCAGGGCCGGGGGUCGGUGGGUGCGGCGCCUGGUCUGACGGCGACUCCAAGAGCUCCGAGGACGGCGAGGACGGGGGCGGCGAAGGGAAGAAAGAUAAGAAGAAGAAGCGGUCGUCCUGGCUGCCGGACCCCGACCGCCGGUGGCCGGUGCAGGGAUUCUGUUAGCGCGUUCAUCGUCUUCGCAGUCUAGUAAAACCGUGUUACGCCUCUGACUCAUGCGUUGGUUUGGUUGCUUCAGUCUCUUCUUUUCAUAGUUUAUCAUUUUUCCGUGUGGGUUUGCAAUGUCAAUGCACGGACAUAAAUGAGGAGGACAAACCCGGCAUGCUUUUGCGCUGAAUGUAGGACUUGUUUGAUAUGCAGUUUUGAAAUCCUACAGUUUU